CAGACAUAUGCCUGUCACGUGUCAUCGUCUCCACUCCCUUCUAUCGACCAAUAUUAGUUGGUGUCAGACUCCAAAACUCAAGAUGAUUAAUUGAAUUCCUGAAAAUUUUACUACCACUAACUUUCAAUAUUCUGAGAGAUGGCAGGCAUUGAGCAGGACUUAGCAACAUUGGAGGUUGACACACCUCAAAACAAGGACAGAAAAAAAAGGCAUGUGCACCAGCUAAUUGAGCCAGAAACAUAGCUAAAGUUAGGAGAAAUUCUGGAAAAGAAUAUGUGAGUGUCAAGACUGGGAGGCUUGUAGCAGGCAGACAAAUUGGUACUCCUUGCCGUGAUGGUUGUUUUGAUAUAGUGACCAUGCCUGUAAUAAGAGAACUCUUCACUGACUUCUGGGCAAUAAGUAAUUAUGAUGCCCAAACUGCUUACACCCAGAAGCUUGUUUAAAAAGUACCAGUUAAAAGGCACCGGCCAAGCAAGACCCCUGACAACCCUGGAAAGCACCGCGAGUUCAUGUAUGCAUACAGCGUCAUUUACAAGGAUGAAGCUUUUCCUGUUUGUAGAAAAGCAUUUACAGCAAUUUUUGGGAUUACCAGAAAACAACUUGAGUGUGCAACAGAAAAGGCAACUUCCACACGUUCCUACACUGGAUCAAUGCAGACGUCACGAACCUUCCGGAAAAAUUACUGAAGAAAAAGCGCAAUGCGUUAGAGAUCACAUCAGCCAAUUACAGACAAUGACAAGCCACUACAGUCGUGCCAGAAAUCCUCACAGGAAGUACUUGGAGAGCAACUUGACCAUCUCAAACCUUUAUAAAUCUUAUGAAGAAUGGAUGUCUGCCAAUCAUCCUGAGGUUGAAAAGGUGACUCAACAUUAUUACCACAAGACUUUCUCAAAUGAGUUCAACAUUGGCUUCCAGCCACCAAGGUCAGAUACCUGCAGCACAUGUGAUAAACUGACCACUUCCAUCAAGCUGGCCACCACCGUAGCUGACAAACAACUCUAACAAGACCAGCUGAAGCACCACAAGGAUAAAGCAUCACAAGGACAGCAAUUACUGAAGAACAAGAAAAAAGACAUGUAUGAUGAGGUUGCUGUUAUUUGUAUAGAUCUACAGCAGACCAUUCCCAUUCCCAAACUCUCCACAAGUGUUGCAUACUACCACCGCAAGUUGUGGAUUUACAACUUUUGCAUUCAUAACCUGAAGACCAAUGAAUAAAAAAUGUUUGUGUGGGACGAAGUUACCGGUGGACGUGGCUCCAUUGAGAUCACCAGCUGCCUCAAGAAAUGGAUUGCAAUGAAGUAUGACGAGAAGCAUUUUGAACAUCUAAUUGUUUUCAGUAACAACUGUGGUGGCCAAAACAAAAAAUAUAAACAUGGUCCUUAACUACCUUCACGAAGUACACAGUGGACGAUUAAAGAAUACUGAACAUAUUUACCUCAUGCCAGGUCACUCCCUGCCAUGUGACAGUGCUUUUGGAAACAUUGAAAGAAAAUUAAUCCGCGAGAGCAACAGCUACGACUUUGACUCCUACUGCAACAUUAUUCAGAAUGGUAAGGAUGUGCCAACAAUUGUGAACUUCCUUGACAUCAGCGUGUUGAAGCAGCGUGUGGUGAAUCGCAAACCAAUCAAUGAGUCUGUUUCCUUCAUUGAAGCCAGGAAGCUCAUCUUCGACCAAUCAUACAAGGAAGGAUACUUCAUUGCGAUGACAUACUGUGAUGCCCCACUCAUUCCAGUCAGAUUAAUGCCUGGCAGAAGCAGCUUCUCCCAGAGCCUGUUUGACCUCAGUCUAGCAGCACUCCCACAAAAAUAUGAUGCACCCAUUCUUUUGAAUGCUGGAAAGUUGGCAAGUUUUCAACAACUGUUAGCUUUCAUCGACACAGAAAACUACCUAUACAUCAAGCAAAUACUUUCACGCCAGGAGAGCCAAGUUGCUGCAAGUCUAUCUGCACCAAAUGAGAACGACACGAAACUGGAUGCAGACAACCAUUUAUUGGAAUUUGAUUAACAAGAAAGCUGCUGAUGAGCUAUGGCCCUGCCACAGCAGUACACACACAAUAUCACUGACGCUAUAGUCCGACUCAAAUAUGAAGGCCGCUGAGAGGGGAGACCUGACGGGGAUUCCCCGGCUGCGGCAUCGCCAAGCAUCGUAGCACGUUUCGAUCUCAUUAUUAACUUACAUCUUAAUGAACAGUCAUAAAAGUGUAUUUCUCUAAAUUUCUACUAAGGAUGUAUAAAGAGCUUUGAAUAUUGUUUUAGUGUAAUGAAGACAAUGAUUUUGUAUAGAUACCACAAAAUAUAACACCACUGCUCUCCAGCGUUGCUACUUUUCAAGGUUGGACAUGGGUGAGGUCAACCUC